CUUUCAAACACUCCUAUCCAUUACAAUCAUGCUCUGGUAGUCCCGACCACAAGUUCGCGGUUGUACGUACAUUUACCCUUCACCGGAUCAAACCCUUUGGCUACCCCUAGUCAUCUUUGCAGCGCCACAACCCAUCAAGGAACCUCAAUCAUCAUGGCCCACUGUAUUGCAGCUCCUAAGAGGCCUUUGGUGGCUCUACCGUUUCUUCUACCUUCUCCUUGCGAGUCCAUCGCUCUAGCUUUGCGACGAAACCAGUCCUCAUAUAGGCGCACCAAGCAACGUCUACGUGUCAAGCCCGAUGCCUCAUUCGGCUCUUCCUUGACCCAUACUCAAGAAGAUCACAUUGUCCACAACCCGCCCUCGAGUGCGCCUUCAGUCUACCUCACGCCGACUAAGUUCCUACCAUCCGGCGAUAUCCGAAGAAAUUUACGCCUUGCGUCAGUCAAAAACAACGAUGCUGAAGCGCUUCCUCCUGUAGUCAGGGCACCCAGCGAAAAAAAAUACCACCUAACCCCAUCAGAUAUUCGAGAGAUUAGAAGGCUUAGAGCCACUGAUCCAAUGAUGUGGAGUCGUCUGAAGUUGGCCAAGCACUUUGAAUGUUCUCCUAUAUUCAUUUCACUGGUUUGCGAAACUAGUCCACAGAAAAAGGAGAUACAGAAGCGGGUUCUAGAGGCCGUUCAAUCGAGAUGGGGCUCUAAACGCCGGAUGGCCAGAGAAGACCGACAGUUGCGGAAGGAUGCAUGGGGAAGGGAUGAAUAAUACUUUUGCACACUCUUCCGCCUUCUGUCUCCAUGUUCUUGCUGUUUCGAUUUGUGAACCUUUUGGGUCGCAUUCCUAGCCAAAGGUUGUCACACUUUGCAACGCCCAUGAUACUGGAAGCUUUCGUUUUUGGUAUAAAAUCAUGUAUUGUAGCGUCAUUUGUACCGGGAAAUGUGUGGAGUACCCUCUGCAACCUCUUCAUUAGGUAAUUAUGCUUAUCAAGUACCACGAAAGUAGGAUGCCUGGC